AUGGCGACUCGGCACGAGGAAGAAGAACUCGGCGCGCACGUUGCUGCUUCUGUCGUCGUCUCAUCCACCAUUUCUAGUUGCUCCAAUCCUGAGAAACUAGUAUUCCACAUCGUCACUGACAGGAAAACUUGCAACUCAAUGCAUGCCUGGUUUGCUCUCCACUCUUUCUUUCCUGUAGUGAUGAAGGUAAGGGGACUUCACCGGUUUGACUUUCUUCUAGACGUGAAUGCCAUGAUCAUGAACACCGUAGAAGAACUCCGCUGGAGCUUAUCCGCUUAUCGACAUUACAGAAGAGCAUAUAAGGAAUACAGAUGGCUUUUAAAUCUCAGACCGAACAUGUUCUCUCUCUUGAACUAUAUCAGGAUGCAUCUUCCUGAGAUAAGCCACAUCUCAAUUGCAGUAACUAUGAAGAGCAAGCUAAUGAUAUCUUACGUGACAACUCUCUCCGAAAUUAGAGAAGUUAGUUUACAAGAUUCAGAUGAAGUUCUUAAGACAUUUGGCGACUACAAGAUUCAGAUGAAGUUUCACCUAAAGUUUGCACGUGAGGAGGCAGAAGAUUUUCCUCUGUAUUAA